AUGAGUGGAGGCACAGAUGAAGUGGAAGAGGGAACAAAGGAGCGUAGAUGGGAAAUAUGUCUCGUGGUGUUCUUCGGCGUGGAAUACAUAGUUCGACUCUGGUCAGCGGGAUGUAGGUCCAAAUAUAUGGGAUGCUGUGGAAGAUUUCGCUUCGUAAGGAAACCAAUUUGCAUUAUAGACCUUAUUGUGGUCGUCGCUUCCGUAGUAGUGCUCACAUUAGGUUCCAAUGGCCAAGUUUUUGCUACUUCUGCUAUUAGAGGAAUACGAUUUCUUCAGAUUCUUCGUAUGCUUCAUGUAGAUCGUCAGGGUGGCACAUGGAGAUUAUUGGGUUCUGUUGUAUUCAUUCACAGACAGGAACUUAUUACAACCCUGUAUAUUGGAUUCCUGGGAUUAAUUUUCAGUAGUUAUUUUGUGUAUCUUGCGGAAAAAGAUGAAGGUGGCAAUGGAAAUAAAACUGAUUUCAAGAGUUACGCAGACGCGCUUUGGUGGGGAGUGAUCACAGUUACAACAAUAGGGUAUGGUGAUACAGUUCCCAAGACUUGGAUGGGAAAAAUCGUGGCUUCUUGUUUCAGCGUAUUCGCCAUUUCUUUCUUCGCUUUGCCAGCCGGUAUCCUGGGAUCUGGAUUCGCUUUAAAGGUACAACAGAAACAAAGGCAAAAACACUUCAAUAGGCAAAUUCCCGCAGCUGCUAUGCUGAUUCAAUGUCUUUGGAGAUGUUACGCUGCUGACAAAUCUUUUAAUAGUCACGCCACAUGGAAGAUAUACAUCAAGGACACAAGUCAAACUAAUCCCAGUUCAAGCACUCCCCUUGGCAAGGUCGCGAAGAAAGCAAGUGUCCUGAAGCGAAGAAAGUCAAAAAAUAGAAUGGAAGUUCCAAAUAAUGCUCUCGAAGGCAGCGCGAACAGCAACAGGCGAGACAGUGAAGGUGAUGUUGUGUUCUAUAUCGAAGAACCAAAAGCAGGUACCCCAAAUCGUGUACGUAGAGAAUGCAGAGGGUCCAUUUUCACAAGUCAGACGAGCAGCGUAACGGAGGCUGCCUCUGACGAAAUCGACAUCGACAUAGAAGAGCCUCAGAGAGUCACAAUACUGACUGAAGCACAUCGUAAUGCCAUCAGAGCAAUUCGCAAAAUAAAGUAUUUUGUUGCAAGGAGGAAAUUUCAGCAGGCUCGAAAACCGUAUGAUGUUCGUGAUGUAAUUGAACAAUAUAGUCAAGGGCAUUUGAACAUGAUGGUUCGCAUAAAGGAGUUACAGAGGAGGCUUGAUCAAACUUUGGGCAAACCUGGAAGUUACUUAGCAGGUAUUGAUCGAUCAGGAAAUGUCAAACCAAUGACUAUAGGAGCUCGAUUGUACAGGGUUGAACAACAGUUGUGUGUCAUGGAUAAGAAGCUUGAUCAAUUAGUUUACGUACUCAAUGCAGUGGCCCAAAAGCAACAAAUUCCAAUAAGAUCAGUUGAGGAUGAUGUUUAGUAUACAAGGGCUUUAUGUAGGUAUCCACAGUACUGCAGGACUCCAAUUAGUACUUCUGAACAAUAAACCAUUACCCUCAAACUCUUGAUAUCAAACAAAAUUCUAAGAUUCAUUCUCACAGAUUGGCAGUAGCAAUUUUGUAUGACAUGAUGUGAUGGCCUAAUGUGGAAUGUUCAAUACUCUUAGACUUUCUUGGCCUACUAGAAAUGACAACCAAUAUACACACAGAAUGUUUAUAAAUUCCAUCAAUUAUGUUAAUGUCCUUGCACAAUCAUGAAAAUUGGGCAAUAAUAACUUUGGAAUGAGCACCAUUUUAUUUCCUCUCAAGAAGGCUAUAAUCAAUGUUUGCCCUUGUCAUUUUCUUGUCUGCCUUGCUUACCUUGAUAUUUUAUGAUGAACUAUCCAAUAUCUGUAAUUUAAAGUGCCAAGUGUCUUGCAAAUGAUAACUGAAACUCUGCCCAUCAAGCCCAUUAAUGGAGAAAUUUUGUGUCACAAAGUCAAUAAAAACACAAUAUUUGGAAUUAAAAAAUGUAUAUCAGAGAGUGAAAUAAAAAAUAAUAUUGUGAGAUUAAAAAUAUUUUCCAGUAUUCACAAAGGUGCAGGAUGUAGAGUAUUGUUCACAAAUAAUAUUUGGAUGGAAAAAGACAAAAUCAAUAGGUGGAAUUUAAAAACACUCUGUAGCUUGUAUACAGUGUAUGCAAGUUGAAAUCUAAUGUCAUGUUGUUUUCAUGUAUUUCAUUUGAAAAGACUUUUGACUGAAAGAAUUGUAUGCAACAUCAUUAACUUGUGAGAAUGCAAAGGGCACCCUUGAAAACAUUCAACACUAUUUUUAUCAAUCAGAGAAAUUUCUGUCUAUAAACUUUUUUAAAGGAGAUAUGCUUUGUCACUCAAUUUUUAAAAAUGUGAUAUUCUUAGCUAACUGUAAGUACAAUUAUUUUGAGAAUUGAAAUGAGAUUGUAGAUUGAAAAUUUAUUUUUUCAUCAUUCCAUGUAAUACUGACAUUUGUUAGUGUUAAAAUAUUGUUACUCAGAUUUCUGUCUUUGUUUCUUAUCAUUUGUAAAUGUAUCAAAAGGCCUGAUAAGCUUUAAUAUCUUACAGACCAUCCAUUCCACAUCUCUCCUUUUUGUUGUAAUGCAUUAAGAAUCAACUGAAGUUGUUUCGCCCAUAUUUUCUCUUGUAUUCUUGUGUUAAGUUAUUAAACCAUAUUAAUUCACAUUGUUAAAAAGCAGGCCAAAAUUCAAAUGCAAUAUAGAAAUUUAGAAUUACCAUGAAAAAGUUAACAAAGUGCAUCAUGAAAAAGAAAUAUAUUUGAAAUUUGUAUGUAUUCUAUGCCCAGGAAAAAACUGGAAAUAAUUAAAAUGGCUAUAAGAGUUUCUAUAAAAUAUAUUUCUGAGUGUUACUGUAUCUCACCACAAUGAAAUCAGGGACCAUAUUCUGUUGAAACAGAAUUUUGAAUUCCAACCUUACAUAGAUACAUAUGAAAUACAAAUUUGUAUUUUGUGAUUCUAACAAAAUAUUGUAAAUAAGAUAUAUAUUGUUAGUGGCUCCAUUGGCAACAUCUAACAAUAUAAACUUCUUGGGGUCCAUGUCAUUUAAUACUUAUGGUCAAAGAUAUUUUACAGCAUGAGAAAUAUCAUUAGAGAAACUCAUUACAUCAAAACAAAAAGUAGUGGAUUUUCGUUACUCAAUUGUAAAUCUGCUAUGUUGGUUAAUCCAUACAACUGAAACACUAGCUGGCAAGUUAAAACUUUCUUACUCACUUCAAUAAGCUGGUUUAACAUUUUUUGAUAUUUAUAUCAUAUCAGGUUAUUUGGUAUACCCAUUGACCUUAAUUUUUAUCAAUAAUAUCUUUUGAAUUGUGAUUGAACACAUACCAUACACUUAUUUUUCUAUGAUAAGCACAAUCCAAAAUGUACAUUUUAGAAAUGUAUAAGAAUACAUUACCUAGAACAACAACAACAACAACAAC